AAGGGGGAGGGGAAUCAAAUCGCUGGAGAAUUGUUUAUUUUUAUUUAUACAACGUUUACAUUCAAUACAGGGUGCCAUUUUACAUUGUUUAUUUAUUUUUUAGUAUCAAGGCUGUAACAUAAAGAAAGCCAGUUCUUACUACAAACCAUCUUUCAAUCGCAAAUAUUGCAAAAAGGAUUAAUAUAUCCUCAUUGUGAACGUUAAAGACAAAUAGCAACACUUAAAACAACUUUCGAACUGAAAAAGCUAAUAUCCGCGAUAAACACCGGAAGAGGGUAUCUCUGCUUUCUGAAUGUCCAUAUUGCUAGAUAUGCUGAGUGUUAGGGCGAAAUCCCGGGGAAUUUCGUCUAGAAAUGCAAUUUGUGCGCGAUCCCGCCGUGGCUAAUCAUUUUUUGGCAGCGAGUCGAUUUAUGGCACAACCUGUUGGAAUUAAGUCCAAAAUGUAUUUUCACGACACCAGCUGGUCAAAGAUUUUAAUCAAUGUGUAUGGUUUUAACUGUCAGAGGGAGAACAAACUAUAUUUUGAUAGGCUGGAGGAGCGCUGGUUAUCUAAAUAUCCCAAUUCAUUUAUAAUUCUUGGUGGAGACUGAAAUAAAUAAACUUUUACACCAUGUUUAUUUUUUGUUUUUGCUUCACCAGUAAAAUGUGUCAAAUUUAAACUACGUCAGUGUUUUUUAUAACAAAAUUAAAAUGGUCCUCAAUUUUGAGGUUAAGCUUUUGUAGGUUGUGACUAAAAGAAGUACUCAGAAUGGGAGUACCUUACUACACUUUUCUUAUUGGACUUAGAGAGGUCAUGUCAAAUUUAACUGAUGUAUUUACUUGUGAAAUAGCUAACCUUCAUUGUUGAGUUUACUUUUUAAUUAGUGUGUGGACUUACUGCACAUUCGCUGUUUUCUUAUGAAUAAAUUAACAAAGUAAAAGAAGAAUAAAUUUGCACGUAGAAUAUGGAUCUUUUAAUGAUUUCCGAGCUUUUAAAUAUAAUUUUAAUUUAAAUAUCUUAAAUGCAGUUUAAAUCUUUGACCAGCUGGUGUCGGGAAAAUACAUUUUGGACUUAAUUCCUACCGGAAAAGAAGAAAGGUGACGUCAUUGUUUACGGUAGAUGUGUGUUGCUGUCUAUUUAUGUCGAUGGUUGCUUUCUAGCAGCUAAUUCCUAAGGUCUUCUGCAUCUUUUUACUUUGGGUUUUGCUCUAGGCGGCUUUGCAUGUGUGUUGGCUGAUGCUGUUGCUAUCGGAGGAUCUCGCGCGGCGGCGGUUGAGUGCUUUUGUUGUUAAAGUUAAUGUGUUAGGAACGUAAAGCCAGCAUGCUAACUGUUACUUUAAGUCAGCAUCAGCAAAAAGAAAACAAACAUCAGCUGCUUCUAUUGAUUUAGACAUGUUUUCUACUUUUGCGUUGCGUGUCUCUAAUAUGUUGUAGCGUUUUGCUGUGAAGCUGUCCUCCAUCAGAGACUGCUGGUCCACCUGCCUGACGUUCAGGAGACUGUGAUGGCGUAGAGACCGUCUCCUUCCAGGAGGGGAGGUCUCCUUUCAACAUGGCUUCUGAACUCCAUGAAACCAUAUUUAGGGCCAAGCAGGAGCGCCACAAAACCCUUUUUCUGAACUACAAAAACCUGAACAUGUUUCCGGUGGAGCUGCUGAAGGAUGAAGGGCUGCGGUUUCUGGAGAGGUUGUACAUGAAGAGAAACUCCCUCACCACACUGCCUGACAAUCUUGCUCUGAAGCUCCCAAAGCUAAUUGAACUGUACCUGCACUCAAACAACAUAGUCGUUAUACCCAAAGCUAUUGGAAACUUGGCCAGACUUCAGUUGUUGGACCUGAGCAAUAACGCCCUCCAGCUGCUCUGUCCAGAAGUUGGCCGUCUAAGUCUACGCCACCUGAGACUGUCCAACAAUCAACUUAAAUGUUUGCCACCAGGGAUCGGUGAUCUUCAGGACCUGGAGACACUUGACGUAUCCAUGAACCAGCUGAUGUCUCUACCAGGCAGCCUGCACCGCUGUGUCUCGCUGCAGAACCUGACAGUGGACCACAACCUGUUGAGCCAUGUUCCUCGACAACUCUGCUGGCUACACUGCCUCAACCAGCUCUCCAUGGCUGCCAACCGACUAACCUUCCUCCUACUUGAUCUCGGCAGAUCCAGAGAGCUACAGUUUGUGUUUGUGGACAACAACACGGACCUAAAAGGUCUCCCGUCCUACAUGUACAACAAGGUCAUUGGCUGCAGCGGGUGUGGUGUAUCCUACCAAGGGCUGGGGGUGCUGCAUGAUGCUCUGAUUGGGCUUCCAGCUGAGGUGAAGGUGAUUGGAUCAGAGAAGGAUAACGUGGUUCCUCUGGAGGAGCUGGCCAUGAGGACUCUGCACCACAUCCACCAGCAGCACCCAGCAGGCCUGAACCUGCUGCCCCCCAUCAGCCUCCCAAAGGUCCUGCUGGACCUGCUGCAGUUCCCUCUGGGUCACUGUCACCGGUGCAGCCAGGCCAUGUUCACCAUCACACACCCGAAGUUUUUCCUACUCCGCGACACGGCCCUGGCAGGAGUGCACCGCAGAACCACAGUGAGUUUUGUGGCCUAUUGCUGCUCCAGUCACUGCCACAGGACCUUUGACCUGCAGGGGUGAUGGAACCCCCCCCCCCCCAAAAGUUCAUCUUCAGUAUUGAGGGGGACAGAUAAUGUCCUGUGGGCUGUCAGCUGGUGAAGCUAACCACACAGGAACUCUGCUACCUGCCAUUGCAGAUGCUGGACGAUGGGACUGCUGCUCCUUGAGUUCAUAUUCCAUCUCUCUGGACAUAAAACACUUGUGGUCUAGCUGAUCAGCUUGGGGUGUUUGGGUUCAGGAUGAUCACCAUCAGUGUGAGACCUGAGGACCACUCACAAGAGAGAACUUUGACAAGCAAAGACUUUGAUUCUUGGGAAUUCAUGGAGUCAUUUUGUAAUAAUGCUAAUUACUGAAGAAUGUUUGAAGGUUUCUUAUUUAAAAGUGUGUUAAUUUUGUUAUUUAUAAAUAAUACAAUUACUAGAAGCUA